UGCAUUGCCACUGAUGUGGAAGAUCCUUCUCGCUUUGCUCUUAAUAGGAGUGAUGAUGAGUAUGACGAGUAUACUGAGACGUGUCAUUCUCCUCGAGCUAAUGAAUAUUAUGGUCCUUUGGAGUAUGAUGAGAUGAGCAUUGAUGAUGGUCCCUGUAAGCAUCUCUCCGCUGACCAGAAAAGCUUAAGCAGCUCUCCACUCAUUGAUCAGUGUCUUGAAUCACUGAUUCGGGAAGGACCAGAACAACUACACAAGAAAGAUGAGCAUGAUGGUCGUGAAGAAUGUGAAGCUCCUUCUCCAGCAGAUAUUUCAGAUGAUCAAGUGGCAGAACCGGUAGAUUUCGAGAACAAUGGACUUUUGUGGGUUCCACCUGAUCCAGAAAAUGAAGAAGAUGAGAGAGAAAGUGCUUUGUUUGAUGAGGAAGAUAAUGAGGGAGAUGCCUCAGGUGAGUGGGGAUACUUACGACCUUCCACUAGCUUUGGAAGUGGAGAUUACCGUGGCGAGGAUCGAACAACUGAAGAGCACAAGAAGGCUAUGAAGAAUGUGGUUGAUGGGCACUUUAGGGCUUUGCUUGCACAACUGUUGCAAGUUGAGAACAUCCCUGUGAGCGAUGAAGAGGGCAGAGAGAGCUGGUUAGAGAUUAUCACCUCUCUCUCUUGGGAGGCUGCUAACUUAUUGAAGCCCGAUAUGAGCAAAAGUGGAGGAAUGGAUCCUGGUGGCUAUGUCAAAGUAAAGUGCUUAGCUUCUGGAUUCCCACAUGAUAGCAAGGUGGUCAAAGGAGUUGUUUGCAAGAAAAAUGUGGCCCAUAGGAGAAUGAGUGCAAAGAUUGAGAAAGCUCGAAUAUUGAUUCUAGGCGGUGGACUUGAGUAUCAAAGGGUCUCAAAUCAGUUAUCAAGUUUUGAUACUUUGUUGCAACAGGAAAAGGAUCAUCUAAAGAUGGCUGUUGCAAAGAUUCACGCGGAACGUCCAAAUAUUUUACUAGUCGAAAAAUCAGUCUCUAGAUUUGCGCAAGAGUAUCUUCUAGCCAAAGACAUAUCUCUUGUUCUAAAUAUCAAGAGGCCACUUUUAGAACGCAUUGCUCGAUGCACUGGUGCUCAAAUAAUACCUUCAGUAGACCACCUCUCCUCUCAAAAGCUGGGUAACUGUGAGAAUUUUCGGGUUGAUAGGUUUCUUGAAGAACAUGGUUCAACUGGUCAAGUUGGAAAGAAAGUGGUGAAGACAUUGAUGUAUUUUGAGAAUUGUCCAAAGCCAUUAGGCUUUACAAUAUUACUUAUGGGUGCAAAUGAAGAUGAGUUGAAAAAAGUGAAGCACGUGGUCCAGUAUGGAGUUUUUGCAGCUUAUCAUUUGGCACUCGAGACAUCAUUUCUUGCUGAUGAGGGAGCCUCACCAGAACUUCCGUUGAAUUCCCCGAUUACGGUUGCACUUCCAGAUAAAUCUAUGAGCAUUGAACGUUCAAUAUCUACUGUGCCAGGUUUCACGGUCUCAACAUAUGAAAAAUCUCCGACAAUGCUAUCUUGUGCUGAACCACAACGAGCAAACAGUGUCCCAGUAUCAGAGUUGCUUUCGACCACCGCCAAUCUAUCCAUCCAGAAGGAUAUAGAUCCUAUGAUACCCAAUGGUUCAGGCUGGCAGACUAGAGAAACAAACCCGAGUUUCGUCUUUUCACGCCCUAAUGUUUCACUGAAUUUGCCUGAACGUGUGACAGAGAGCAUAAAAUCAGAUUUGUCUGGAAGAUCUUUACCGGUGGACACACCAGCUGACAAAGGCAACCCAAUUGUUGUGGCAGAUGAAACAAUGGAUAAUUCCUUACAUUCAUCUGAGCAAGGCUUUGUGCGAAAGAUCUCUCAAACUGGUACGAGCAUUAUGGUCGAAAACCAAGACAAUAGUUCAGAGCUU